AUGAAGAGCUUCGAGACCCAACGCACCUACACCAGCCUGACAAGCUGCUCGGCCUCGUCCGGAGAUUCCAAUCAUAACAACCCCAACAACCGCGUCAACCCCUGGACCGGCCGCCCGCUGCGCAACACCACCCUCGGGGGCCGCCACAGCAACGACUGGCUGUUCGGCAGCGUCGCCGUCAAGAAGUCCAUCAAGAAGGGCGUCAAGAAGGUCUUCCACGCGACCGAGUGA